AUGAACGAGGACAAAGCCACGUCAAACCACAUCGACUACGCGGAUGAAGAUGGGGUCGAGGAUGGCUACGACGUCAAAAAUGCGGACCCCCCUCUGGACCCCCAUGACCCUAAGAACUGGCCUCUCUCCACCAAACUCACAACGUACUUGACCAUCUGCUGCUUCACCUUCCUCGCCAACGUCAACAGCAGCAAUUUCACCGUCGCCACCAAAGCGAUCAUCUCCGAGUUCCACGUCUCCUCCACAGAGGCAGGCCACCUGGUCUCGCUGAACGUCUUCUGCUUCGGGCUGGGGAAUCUCGUCUGGGUCCCGCUCAUGCGGGUGGUCGGCACGCGUCCGGUUUAUCUGGCUGCCUUGUUGGCUCUGUCGAUGAUGAAUGUCUGGUCCGCGAGGGCCACGGGAUACGCAGAGCUGCUGGGGGCGCGCAUCCUGUCUGGUCUGGCCGCUGCCGCCGCCGAUGCGACGGUCCCGGCGGUCGUGGCGGAUAUGGUGCGUCCGGAGGGCCGCGGCCACUGGCUGAUGAUCUUCCAUCUGGCUUUGACCUCGGGCCUGUUUGUGGGGCCGUUGAUCAAUGCGUAUCUCGUGCAGGAUGCGGGAUGGCGUUGGAUGUGCUGGUUUUUGGCCAUUGCCGCGGGGGCUGUAUGGGGGGUGGGUGUCUUCACCCUCCGCGAGACCACGUAUCUCCCUCGACGAGAGAAAACCCGGCCUUCCUCCUCCUCCUCGUGGGGCACGCUCUCCCUGACGCAUGGCUACAACCCCAAUGCCUCAUUCAUCCGCACGGUCCUCGUCAUCUUGUCUGCUGCAGGCUAUCCGCAGCUCCUCUGGUGCGCCUUCACCAUCGGGGUCUCCGUCGGAUGGAACAUCGUCGUCCAACUCACCGCAUCCCGCACCUUCACCUCCCCACCGUACAACUGGCCCGCGGGCGACAUCGGCCUCCUCUCGCUCGCCGGCUUCAUCGGCUCGCUGCUGGCCUUUUAUGUCGGCGGCCGACUCAUCGACCAGAUCUCGACGCGAUACACCCGUCGUCGCGGCGGCGAACGUCAACCGGAGUACCGUCUCCCUGCAUUGAUCGUGCCGGGGGUGAUCGGACCCGGCGGGAUCUUGAUGUUCGGGUUGUGUGUCGCCCACCAGACGCAUUGGAUGGGGGCGGCCGUGGGGUACGCGAUGCAGGCGUUCGGCGUGGCGGCGAUUUCGAAUGUCGCGGUGACGUAUGCGUUGGAUUGUUAUCCCCGGAUCGCAGGCGAAGCCCUCGUGAUCAUCUUCGUCAUUCGCAACACGAUCGGCAUGCUCCUUUCGCUUUACGCUACCGACUGGAUCGCGCGCCAGGGCGUGGCGUCCGUGUUCGGCGAGAUGACCGCCAUCCAGACGGCAAGUUUGCUCGUGGCUGUGCCGCUGUUCUUCGGUGGGAAGUGGUUGCGGGGGAUUACGGGGGGGUAUGGGCCCAAUCGGGAGAUUUAG